UUCACCUUCUAGAGUUACAGUUGAAGAUAUGGACCAUUUCCCUAAGUGCAGCAUUUGCAAGCAACAGUUUUGCUACCAAGGACCACCUCCCUGGUUGCUGCCAUGUCUACAUGCUGUAUGCAAGAUCUGCCUUUCUGCUGCUGAGACAGGGACGUUGAAAUGCUCGUCUUGUCACAAAGAAUUUGAUAAAGAAAAACACAAGUUCUCAGAGGACAAAGUCAGGGCAAGAGAGAUCUUCAAUCUGACUGUCCUUCAUCGUCCAUCCGAGUUGCAAUGCACUAACAAACAAGAUGGCGGACAGGCUGUCGUGUGGUGUAAACAGUGCGAGGCUCUCUUUUGUGAAAAUUGUCAAGUGGCUCACAGUGAUUUCAAAAUCACAAAAUGUCACACAGUUCAGACAAUCGACCAAGUGGCACAAGAUGGAGUCUCCAUAGAAGCCAAGGAUGCUGUUUGCUCCACACACCGAAGGCAUGUUGACUUCUAUGAUGCGACAUGUGGAGUUCUGAUAUGUUUGAGGUGUACACGUGACGAUCAUGCUGGUCAUGAUGUUCAAGAAGUCGACGAAGCAUUUCAAUCCAAGCAACUUGAAAUGAAAAACAAACACAAUCAACUGUUGAUCCAUCAAGAAUCCUUAAAUGAAUCGAUUCUACAGAUGAAGAGCAUUGAAGAAAAGGUUGAUAAGAAAUGUCGUUCCCUGCAAACGUUGAAAGAUCACACAAUGUCUGAACUGAAGUCUCUUGUCGACCAGAGAGAGAAGGAACUUGACCUUGACCUGAGCACCUGCUUUGAGCACAUCAGAGAUGGAGCCAGGGAGAAGCAGCAGGAACUGGAGACGUCCCAGAUGUCCCUGAACACCCCCCUGGACUACAUAGAGAAGGCCUUGACCUUGACACCAGUAGAGUACCUGGAGCUCCAGGCCACCAUGAUGCAGAGCGUGGACUCCUGUCUCUCUGAGCACGUGUCUGCCAUGAAGCAGCAGGAAGCAGCAGAAGGUGUUGCGUUCUCCAGACAGGGUCUCCAGAGUCUCAAGGCUGACAUUGCCUCCUUUGGAUGCUUCCUUACAUCACCGGACCAGGAAUCCCAGGCCAACCAGCAACAGGAUAAUCAAGGUACAUUUCUGCAGAACAAGUUUGAACAUUUGCAGAGAAAGAACCAUGAGCUUGAGAUGACACAGAAAAUGUUGAAAGAAAAGCUAACGACUGGGGAGGAAGAGAAAGACCUAGCACAUAAACAGCUUCAGGCGAACAGUGAUACGAUAACAUCUCUGGAGAGGGAGCUGAAAACACAACAAACAGCAAUAGACACAUUUAAGGAGCAGGCAGAGAAAAUAGACCUAGCACAGAAACAGCUUCAGGCGAGAUGUGAUACGAUAACAUCUCUGGAGAAGAAAGUGAAAACACAACAAAGAAGGAUACACAUAUUUAAGAAGCAGGCAGAGAAAUUAGACCUAGCACAGAAACAGCUUCAGGCGAACAGUGAUACCAUAACAUCUCUGGAGAAGGAAGUGAAAACACAACGAACAGCAAUAGACACAUUUAUGAAGCUGGCAGAGAAAAUAGGUGUGAGACUGACCAGUGACUUGACCUUAGUCAGUAGUCAGUAUACAACCGGCGUGCCUGUCAAACUCAACUGUCCACCACUCAAGUUUGAUGUCGAGCGGGCAAACUUCAAUCUGGUUGAAGUCACUGAGAGACACAUGGUCAACCGCCCUGCUCGCAACCCGCCAUUCACCACCAGGAAGUUAAACAGGUACAGCGGAACUUGCGGCUCCAUGACCCUUCCUUACACGCUGACCUCUGCACCUGUCACUACUUCCGGGUCCUUCCAAGGUCAAGGUCAACAUGUUCCCUCAUAUUCCCACGUGUCUUCUGACCCCACAGAUCCGUACUACUUUCAGGCUCAUGCUAAGAUAACACAAACAGCAGCAAUAAUACAAACAUGUAUAUUUGAAAUUGUAUUGAGUGAGCCAUCUAACGUUGAUACAAGAAAUGAUUACGGUCGUGGAGUAAAAGUCGGUUUCUGUGACACUCACAAAACAAUAUGCACACAUCGUGCAUCGUGUUAUGAUCAGCCAUUGGCCAACAGGCCAGGAUUGUCGAUGCUGACGUAUGGCGUCGUGUAUGAUGCAGUGAGGGGAAAAGUGGCAUUCAUUGAUGUCAACAAGGAGAAGAUACUAACAUCAAUGUCCGUCAAGCGUGCCCAAUAUCUCCCCAUGUUUGGCGUCCAGAAGAGUGAGGGGUUUACAGUUGAGAUAACCUUGAUGGAGGUGAAGGACACGGACAUCAGUGCAAGGUUACGUGGUGUCAUUCAACAAGCUCUCCAAUGAACACACAAGGAACCUAACCUGCCUAUGAAAACACAUCGACUGACCAAUCCGAGUAUCCGAAGUGGUGUCAUUCAACAAGCUCUCCAAUGAACACGCAAGGAACCUACCCUGCCUAUCAAAACACAUCGACUGACCAAUCCGAGUAGCCGACAACAAGCUGUCAUGGGAUAAAACAACAGUAGUAUAGUUAUAUUACGACCUGUCGGCCUGGUGUGGGAGGAAAGACCCAAGUGAUGCAGGUCUUAGACGUUUACCACUUUUGUGAAUCCAUGGACAGAAAGCAUAAUAAAUAUUGACUAUGCAGUUAAUAUGUUAAGGAUAACACUUAUCGGAUCUGGUUGAAAAUGUAGAACGUCGCUCGCGAUUUUACAUUCAUGACCCAAACUGUGGCGUGUUUUAUCCAAAAUAUGAACCGUUUAAAUCAUGAAACAACAGCAAAAAAAUAAGAAAACAUCAAGAUAUCUUUUGUGAAACAACACAAUUUGUCGCGGUAUAAUUUCGAUCAAAGAGAGCGGGAGCAAAAUCCACAUGCAGCAUGGACACAACUAAGUCAUGACAUGUAAAAUUGAACAUUUCAUCACCUGCCUUGGCGGGAAAACAGUGAGAUACAAAACUUAACACAAUAUGUGAAGUUGCAGGUCCGAUUCUGUCUUCCGUAAUGAAAGGGUUUCAUUUCUUGUCUUCAAUUUUAGAACAUUGAAAGUCCAAAUUUCAUCUGCUACUCAGCUCAUAAGGUCUUACUUCUAAAGGUAAACCCUCAUACAAGGUCUUACUAGGAAAAAGUAAAAAACCCUGAGGUUAUUACGAGAUAGGAAGAUGCCAACAAUACAAUAGCAAGUCAGCAAGCUUACACCUGUAAAUAAAA